GGGCGGCGUGGCUGGCUGGCUGGCUGGCUGGGCCCCCGUCCGCCUGCGUCUUCCCUCCGCCGGGCCGCCCGAGGGGCAAUUCCCAUGGCCCCCCCCGUCCGCUCCGGAGCCUCCCCGCCGCCCGGCAGACGAGCCCGGGGCGCGCACCCUCCAGCGCCGCCAGCUCGCCCGGGAGCCCUUCGCUGCUUAGACCUCACAGUCGCUAUGAACAAUGGCUCAGCUAUAUUACAAAAAGGUGAACUAUUCGCCCUACAGAGAUCGGAUCCCGUUGCAGAUUGUCCGGGCCGAAGCCGAGCUUUCCUUGGAGGAGAAGGCCUACCUCAUUGCUGUGGAGAAGGGGGACUAUGCCAGCGUGAAGCAUGCCUUGGAAGAGGCAGAGAUCUACUACAACAUCAACAUCAACUGCAUGGACCCUCUCGGACGCAGUGCCCUUUUAAUAGCCAUAGAGAACGAAAACCUGGAGAUCAUGGAGUUGCUGUUGAGCCACAACAUCUACGUGGGGGAUGCUCUCUUGUAUGCAAUACGGAAGGAAGUGGUGGGGGCUGUGGAACUCCUUCUGAACUACAGGAAGCCAAGUGGGGAGAAGCAGGUCCCCACUCUGAUGAUGGACACUCAGUUUUCAGAAUUCACCCCCGACAUCACCCCUAUCAUGCUGGCGGCUCACACCAACAACUACGAGAUCAUCAAGCUGCUAGUCCAAAGACGGGUCACGAUCCCGCGCCCGCACCAGAUCCGAUGCAACUGCGUGGAGUGCGUCUCCAGCUCUGAGGUGGACAGCCUGAGGCACUCCCGGUCGCGGCUGAACAUUUACAAAGCGCUGGCCAGCCCGUCACUGAUUGCCUUAUCUAGCGAAGACCCUAUCCUGACAGCCUUCCGGCUGGGCUGGGAGCUGAAGGAGCUCAGCAAAGUGGAGAACGAGUUCAAGGCGGAGUACGAGGAGCUUUCGCAGCAGUGCAAGCGCUUUGCUAAGGACCUUCUGGAUCAGGCCCGGAGCUCCAGGGAGCUGGAAAUCAUUCUGAACCACAGGGACGAUCAGAGCGAGGAGCUGGACCCCCAAAAAUGUCAUGAUUUGGCGAAGCUAAAGGUAGCAAUAAAGUAUCACCAGAAAGAGUUUGUCGCUCAGCCCAACUGCCAGCAACUGCUGGCCACCCUCUGGUACGACGGCUUUCCCGGAUGGCGGCGGAAGCACUGGGCGGUGAAGCUGCUGACCUGCAUCACCAUCGGGCUGCUCUUCCCCGUCCUUUCCGUGGCCUACUUGAUUGCCCCCAAGAGCAGGCUGGGACUGUUCAUUAAGAAGCCAUUUAUCAAAUUCAUCUGCCACACGGGCUCCUACCUGACGUUCCUCUUCAUGCUGCUCUUGGCCUCGCAGCACAUUGUCAGGACGGACCUGCACAUGCAGGGGCCGCCGCCCACGGUCGUCGAGUGGAUGAUCCUCCCCUGGGUUCUAGGUUUUAUUUGGGGAGAAAUCAUAAAUGCGGGAUUUGGAGGGUUGGAAGCCCAGCCAGUGUUCUCUUUCAAUUCUCCAGGAGGGUGCAGCAAUAAGCGGCUUAUACAGCGCGCAGGGAUGUCGUCCCGGCCACUUCCACCGCGGCAGAGGCCUCGAAGAAACGGCUUUCGUUUCUUGCAGUACAACGGUUCCCGUCCAAGGGAGGAAUGGGAAAUGUGGCACCCCACCCUCAUUGCAGAAGCCCUCUUUGCAAUAUCGAACAUUUUGAGCUCGUUGCGUCUCAUCUCCCUGUUCACAGCAAACUCCCACCUGGGGCCCCUGCAGAUCUCUCUGGGACGCAUGCUGCUGGACAUCCUCAAGUUCCUCUUCAUUUACUGUCUGGUGCUGCUGGCGUUUGCCAAUGGACUCAACCAGCUGUAUUUCUAUUACGAAACCAGUGCCUCAGAAGAACCCAACCACUGCAAGGGGAUCCGAUGCGAGAAGCAGAACAACGCCUUCUCCACGCUCUUUGAAACUCUACAGUCUCUCUUCUGGUCUGUGUUUGGUCUGUUGAACCUCUACGUCACGAACGUGAAAGCCAGGCACGAAUUCACUGAGUUUGUUGGGGCGACCAUGUUCGGCACCUACAACGUCAUCUCCCUGGUGGUCUUGCUGAACAUGCUCAUAGCAAUGAUGAACAACUCCUACCAGCUCAUAGCAGAUCAUGCCGAUAUCGAAUGGAAGUUUGCACGCACAAAGCUGUGGAUGAGCUACUUUGACGAGGGGGGCACUCUGCCCCCGCCUUUUAACAUCAUCCCCAGCCCCAAAUCGUUCUGGUAUCUCUGCAAGUGGAUCCACAACAGACUGUGCCCGUCAAUGGACCCAGAGAACGAUGAGAAGAGGCACGAAAACCUGAAGACCUUCACAGAACGUCACGCUGAUAACUUAAUUCAGAACCAACAUUACCAGGAAGUGAUCAGAAACCUGGUGAAGAGGUAUGUUGCAGCGAUGAUAAGAAAUUCUAAAACCAACGAGGGAUUAACGGAAGAAAAUUUUAAGGAAUUAAAGCAGGACAUUUCCAGUUUCCGUUAUGAAGUCCUCGAUCUUUUGGGCAACCGAAAACUCCAGAGGAGAAGUUACUCCACCAGCAGCACAGAGGUUUCCCAGAAGGAUGAAGGCAACGAGGAGUGUGUUGGAGAAACCUCGAAAGCCAGGGGGGGAUCUUUGGGGGUUUCCAGCAAGAAGAAAGACUUCAACGUUUCCGCUCUGAUUAAGACUAUGGGCGGGAUGGAUAUGGUGACUGAGAAACCGAAGAGCAACGGGAUACACAAGCGCUCGUUUGUUCGCAACGGGAAUCGGGUUCAAAGGCUCUCCAGCGCCAAGAAAGAGUCCUUCAAGCGGCUGGGUCUCCUGUUCUCCAAGAUGAACGGCCACCUAGCUGAGCCCAAUUCACAGCCCAUGUACACCAUUUCAGAUGGGGUCAUCCAGCCGCACUACAUGUGGCAAGACAUUAAGUAUUCUCAUAUGGCAAAGGAGCGAGACGAGAACUGUUCCAAAAGUGAAAUUAACCUCAAUGAGGUGGAAUACAGUAGGAACAUCCGGCAGACGGGACAGAGCCCGUGCCCCGUGGUUUGCACCAACUCCCUUCACUGUGCUUCCAGUAUCUGCUCCUCAAACUCCAAGCUCAUAGACUCCUCCGAGGACGUGUUUGACUCAUGGGGAGAUGCCUGUGACAUUUUUAGGAACCAAUGGAAAGACGGGCAGGAAGAACACGUUACCACUCGCCUAUAAGUAGAGCUAUUCAGUAACUUGCUGUAGACCAUAACUAAUACUGGAAACUGUUUGCUAUCACAGACUCCAUAGUUAAAAUUUCACCCUCGUUUUCUUUUACGUCUCCACUGAUGAGCUUAGACCUCAGAGUGUUUUAGCCUAUUUUGUAGCCAUAGCACCUCAUCCCUUUCUUUCUUUCUUUCUUUCUUUCUUUCUUUCUUUCUUUCUUUCUUUCUUUCUUUCUUUCUUUCUUUCUUUCUUUC